GGCCAUACGUCCGGAUUUAGGCCGGACAGUCCGGAAUUUAAAUGCCUUGUCCGGCGUCCGGCGCAGCCUCAAGCCUGACGCUUAUUUGUCCUCCUUUUUGGAGUUGCACCUGAACGCAACGCUGCAUAUCGUCCAAUGGUGUAAGACUUUCGGUUAAAAAAAAAUUGGUUAAAAAUGAUUGGUUAAAAGCGGUGUCACUCAAUUCUCCGAUUUCUCAUUGGUUGAAAAUGUAAACAAGCCGCCCCCUGUUCCCAUGUGCUAGUUGUGUCACUCAUCUCGUUAACUGAAUGUUAACAUGCCGAAAAGACGGACCUCAUUUAAUGCCGAAUGGUCAAAAGAGCACACGUUUGUCAGCAAAAGUAGCAAAGACGAUUUGCAUGCGUAUUGCACACUUUGUCGCUGUGAUGUGGACUUUAGCACACAAGGAAAGGCGGCCAUUGAAAGGCAUGCUAUCAUGGAGAAACAUAAAUACAACAGAUGGGCCGCUGGCACCUCCUCCCUCCGGUUGUUUUUUCGGGAAGCAACGUCAUCGCCUGAAGAUGACAAGAUAUCCGCUGCAGAACUUUGUAAAGUUUAUCAUGCAGUCAAGCAUCACCAGUCAUACAUGAGUGUAGACUGUGGAAUUAAAGUUGACUGAGAGAUCUUCAGUGACUCAUCUACAGCUAAGGGGAUGACUUGUGGAAAAACAAAAGCUAAGGCUUUGUGUGAGAAUGUCCUAUCGCCUUACUCUGUACAAACACAUACAGAUUACUUCAAAGAAAUCAAUCUGUAUUUUUCUGUGUCAACCGACGCAUCAAAUAAAGUUACGACCAAGUGUUUUCCAGUUGUACUAAGAUACUUGCACUUUGAGGAAGGCGUGCAACAUGUACUGUUGGAUUUUUACAGUGACAGCAACGAAACGUCAGAGGCUAUAACAAACCAGCUGCUUGCUAAACUGGAGAAGUCUGGUCUAAAUGUGCAAAACAUGUCUGCUUAUGCAGCAGACAACGCCAGCGUGAACUACGGAAAACACAACAGUGUUUAUCAGAAGCUGAAACUGACACAAAAGGAUGUGUUACCUGCAAACUGUUUAGCCCAUAUUCUCCACAAUGCAACACGAUAUGCAGCAGGCAGACAGGAUUUUGAUGUUGAAAAUGCUGUACUCAAGGUUUACAGCCACUUUAGUGUGUCAGCAAGCAGAACAGCACAACUGAAGGAAUUCUGUGAGUUUGUGGAAGCAGAAGAAUGCAAUCUGCUGCGGCACAUUGUGACAAGAUGGUUGUCCCUGCUUCCAUCUAUUGAUAGAAUGCUGAAGUUCUGGAAGCCCCUGACCAGCUACUUUCAGAGUCAAGGUGAGGAGGAAUGCGGCAAGAUUUUGUGGAAAUGCUUUGGAGAGGAAAACACCGAAGUAUCUGAGACAUAUUUCCUUUUCCUCAGUCACAUCCUGAAACUGCUCUCAGACACCAUCGAAGCACUUGAGGCCAAAUCGUUCAGCAUAACAUCUGUGUUUAAGGUAAUGACUGAACUGAAACAGAAACUUGAGAGAAGAUUGAAGGACAGGUUCUUUGGCUUCGUUGUGAACAGCAAGCUCAAGCAGCUAUCCCCAAACCAGGCAAAGAAAUGUGAAAUGGAUUUCCUUGGUUUCUAUGAAAGAGCCAAGAAAUACAUAAGUGAAAGAUAUGACUUCUCUGAGAACAGCUUUCAUUGCAAAGUGGGAAAGCUUGGCCUCACAACUGCUGUGUCAUAUGAAGAAUACAGUGAUGUUGUCCAGACCUGCAAUCUGAAAGACAUUGAUAUGGAUGGACUUUAUGAGGAAUAUGCCAUAGUGGAAGCUUCCCUCAGCUCUCCGGAAAUGGAAGGUUGCCACAGUGUGGAGCGGUAUCUGAAACUGUUUUCCAAAGCAGAUGUACCACUUGUGAAUCUCAGGAAGGUCAGUGCCUACAUUUUCUCCAUCCCAUGCAGCAACGCAUACACAGAACGAGUCUUCUCAAUGAUGACAUCUGCAUGGAGAAAUGAGAGGAACCGUAUGGAUGUGGACAGCGUAAAGGCAGAGCUCCAAGUUUGUGUAAACUUCACCUUUCCCUGCACAAGCAUGUACCAGAAGUUCCUUGGAAACAAAAAACUCUUGGAUGCAGCCAGAAAAGGGCAGAAGUAUUGCAGAUAGAGAGUCAAUUAUUUGGAGAUGGAAAGACCCACAGGCAGUGGAGGCUUGCCUAUGAGGACCCUGGAGGUGCUGUUGUCUCCUGAGCUGCUGCAGCAGGUGAAGGUGGAUUUUGCUGAGGGCUGAUGCCAUAUUGAAGAACAGGAUACUGAGGACAGGGACUUAAAUCAGUUAAAAUACAGGUGGACUGCAGCUGCACACACACAUACAUAAACACAAAUACACUGCAGACAUGUCCCCAAAGGACUGAAUCACUUUGGAAUACACUGUGGACUUUUCAGUUCAAUAUUUACCCGUUACAUGGUGUUUUUUCUUCUUACUGUCUUUUGUUGUUUACAUAAAAAAAAGUUCUAUAUGCUUAUUAAGAACUGGAAUGUAUAUUUUUUGCAUUUAUUUAUUUAUUUUUAUGUAAAUUUAAUUUGCACAUUUAAGGCCAUACUGUAAAUGUUCUGCUUUGUGGCACUGCACUUUGCAAGACAGAUGUAUUGAAUAAAUACAAAUACUGUGAACAAAUACUUUUCGCCUUCUCAGGAAUAUUUUUUCCUCUUCUGUUACACAUACAUCAUGAUAUAUCAUAGAUAAAUUGUCUUAUGAUGAACAGAGUAUCUCAGAAUCACUGUAUCAUGAUACCAUCGUUAUCAUGUACAAAAUUGUAUUGUCGUGGGGAGUACACUAGAGUUGUAUGUUGCGAUUUUUCUUUCCUCACUAAAUGCUGCAAAGUGUCCUCCUUUUUGGUGUUGUGGAAAUGGCC